CAAUAAAGAGCGCGCCUGUGCGGCGGGCGCGGAGCGCCGGAGACUGAGCAGCAGCGUGUGGGACUUUGUCAGCAGCUCAAUGGCCUCCCCGAAGAAGAAACUUCAAGGUCUCGUGGCCGCGACCAUCACGCCGAUGACUGAGCAUGGAGAGAUCAACUUUUCAGUCAUCGGUCAGUAUGUGGAUUAUCUCGUGGAAGUACAGGGAGUGAAGAAUAUCUUUGUGAAUGGCACGACGGGAGAAGGCCUGUCCCUGAGCAUCUCAGAGCGCUGCCAGGUCGCAGAGGAGUGGGUGACAAAAGGAAGGAACAAGUUGGAUCAAAUAGUAAUUCAUGUAGGAGCACUGAGCUUGAAGGAGUCUCAAGAACUGGCCCAACAUGCAGCAAAAAUAGGAGCCGAUGGCAUUGCUGUCAUUGCACCUUUCUUUCUCAAGCCCUGGAACAAAGAUAACCUGAUUAAUUUCCUGAAGGAGGUGGCUGCUGCUGCCCCUGCUUUGCCGUUUUACUACUAUCACAUUCCUGCCUUGACAGGGGUAAAGAUUCGUGCGGAGGAGUUGUUGGAUGGGAUUCAGGAUAAGAUUCCCACCUUCCAAGGGCUGAAGUUCAGUGACACGGAUCUCUUAGACUUCGGGCAGUGUGUUGAUCAGAAUCACCAGCGACAGUUUGCUUUCCUGUUUGGGGUAGAUGAGCAACUGUUGAGUGCUCUGGUGAUGGGAGCAACCGGAGCCGUGGGCAGUACAUAUAACUACCUGGGAAGAAAGACAAACCAGAUGUUGGAGGCUUUUGAACGAAAGGACUUCUCUUCAGCCCUGAAUCAUCAGUUUUGCAUUCAAAGAUUUAUCAACUUUGUGGUCAAACUAGGUUUUGGAGUGUCACAGACCAAAGCCAUAAUGACUCUUGUCUCUGGGAUUCCAAUGGGCCCACCCCGGCUUCCACUACAGAAAGCCUCCAGGGAGUUUACUGAUAAUGCAAAAGCUAAACUGAAGAGCCUGGAUGUCCUUUCUUUCACUGAUUUAAAAGAUGGAAACUUGGAAGCUUGUUAGCUAGUGCCUCUCUGUCAAAUAAGGGUGCGUACAUUGAGAUGUAAUUCACCUUGAGUAGUGCAUUCCUUCUCAAGGACUUUUUAGAUGAGCUUGAACUAAAGUUUCCUAGCAAAUGAAAUCUUUAUGUCAAUCAACAAGUAUUUAAAUACCUACUACGAUCCUUUAAAAGUUUUCAUUUGUGAAAGGGCAAAAAUUCUAAAAGGGGUCAAGAGCCCUAAGUCAUUCAGUAUUUCACAAAAUUUUGUGAAGAAAUUUUUGCUUCUAUGGAUGAGAUAGAAUCAAGAGGAAGAUUGUAAUUGAUUAGCUCCAUCUGUCUUUGGGAGCUCCCAUUAUCUUGAUUUCUGGUCCUUAAUCCCAGUUCUUAAUUUGAAAGUUUUCUAAUUUUAAACUGUUAGAAUGUACUUUCAUUUUAAUAAAUAUUCAUUUGGAAUCUAGGACAACUCUGAGCUGCUGCAUUUAGGCAAGCACACUAACUUUAAUGCCACAUUACAGCAUGACAGCUAUGUACAACUGUUAACACACCAGUUCUUGGCUGCUCAAUCUAACUCUAGAGUAUUUGCUUUCAGAUUAAUUGCAGUGUCAAAAACUUCCCCCAAAACAUUGGGUUAGGUGAAGCUUUGGUUCAGUUUCUCUAACCUGAGGGCCUAAUAGCAUAGGGUGGUUUUCAGAGAACAAAGGAAAGGCCUUCUCCCAAAAUGAUUCUAGUCUCUACUUGUUGCUAUAGAGAACUCAAAGUUGCAAAGAACCAAAGAGCUGGCACCACAAACUACCCCUUUCCUCAGUGGGAAGAAAGCAUCCCCCCCAGUGCCCUGAAUUAUCAGAAGUGAAAGCCAGUGUCCCUUCUGCAUGGAGCUCAGGGGGUAUUUCCCAGUCACAUAUUCAAGCAGUCACUUUUCAAUGAAAGAAGAUUUGAGGAGGACCCAAAGAUGUCACUUUAGCCUUCUCUACACACCUUCUUCCCUUUUCUUUUCCCCCCUCUGGAAUAUACCACUGGCUAUUCAGCCUCCUCUCUAACAAACCCUGGUGCAUGCUUUCUAGUGGCAAAACAGUAUCUAGUGUAUUGAUGGUCACCCCUUCAUGAAUUUAAACUUGACUGUUCAGUCUAUUAACUACCUAAGAUUUUAUUUUGUUUCUUAUCUAAUAGUCUGCUCAUUGGUAGAGGAAAAGGAUUUGAAAUUCAUAUCAGUU